CCCGCCAAGAUGGCGGGUGCGGUGGGGCGCGGCGGCAGGUGAGCAGCGGCGCCCCCGCCCCCUGCCCGCCCCACAGCCGCCGGGGGCUCCCGGUGCCGCCCGGCAUCUCCCCGCCCCGCCCUGCCUCCCUGCCCGCCUCCCUCCCCGGGAGCCCCCGGCGGGGUGACAGCCCAGCCCAGGCGGGGAGGCAGCGCCCGCCGGGACGCAGCGAGGCGGGAGCCGUUUUUCCCCCCCCGCCAUGUGGAAGCUCAACAAGAGCAGUAAAGUUCUGCUGGACGAUUCGCCCGAGGACGAGGAGACGCGGCCCCGCGGGGCUCCCCCGCCCGCCGCCUUCGCUGCCCCCCAGAAUAAAGACCAGUUUCUUCAUGAUGAAGUUUCAUCUUCAGUGUCACAACUUGCAACAAAGGUUCAAGGUGCAAGUUUCCGGGGUUGGAAGGAAGUGACGUCGAUGUUCAAUAAAGAUGAUGAACAGCAAUUGCUAGCAGGAUGCAAGUCUCCAAAAUCCAAAGGAACAAACCUAAAAUUAAAGGAAGAGAUGAAAUCUGAAAAGAAGCCAGGUUUUUGGGACAGUUUGGUGAUAAAGCAGAAUGUUCAAUCUAGGAAACCAGAUGAGAUUGAGGGAUGGGAACCACCACAGAUUACUGCUGCUGUCUCUACCGGUGAUGCAGCAACUACUUUAAGUGACUGCACAGCCUGGUCAGGCUGGGAAGAUGAAACCAAAGGCUCCACGAAAUACACAAACCUGGCCAGCUCAGGAAACAGUUCCAGGUGGAGUAUCAAAUCAGCUGGAAAGCUGGUUAGUAUUAGACGUCAAAGCAAAGGUAACCUUACUGACAACUGGGAAGAACUAGAAUGAUACUGGUAAUGUGAAAUACUUUAUGGGUAAGAAGACAAAGGUUCUGUGAUUUACGCGUAUAUUUAAACCAAAAUCAAAUCUGCUCAAUAUUGCACCUUUAUACAGUACUUUCUUUUAUUCAGAUUGUUACAAAUUUUUGCUCACCUGAUAGUAAAUUUUCUUAUUACAUUGUUAAAUAGCUAUGUUUUCCACACUGAAAAAAAAGUAGAGAAUCUAUUUUGUGCCUAUCUAUCUUUCACAUUCAGACUCUGCAGUGUGUUGGAUUGCUGGUUUUACCAAAAAAAAAAAGUAAUUCCUUUGUGAAUGUAUGCACUGGUUGUAAGUUUGGCUGCCUUAUGUAGGAACUUCCACUAGCUUGAGGUCCUGGGUUUUUUUCUGCUAUUUAAGGGUCACUCAAAAUUGUAGUUUUGAUGCUGUCCCUUUUUGAUGAAGAAUACUGAUCUGUCGCUUGCAGGGAGGAUGCUUAUACUUAGUAGACUGUUUUCCAAACCUUCAGCCUCAGCAUACGCUUCAGCUUGUGCACACGAGAUGCUCUGCUGUCACAAUGUGCUAUGCUGUGUGAAAUGGGAAAGUGCUAUUUUCAUGUAAUUCCUUCCAUCACAGGAAUUUCACCAAUCGUCAGGUCAAUUGGGUCUUCCAGAGGUUUGGUUUUGUUUUUUUUUUUGUAUUGAAUGUUGUUUGACAAAGCUCAGCUGCUCAGUUUUUAAGAUACAUGUUACGUCAAAAAUAAAAAUGAUUGAAAAUUUGGAAAGCAGCAAUGAGGAGGGGAUAGGAAGAUCGCGAUAUUCAGCAUCCAUAGUCCUGGAUCUGGGGAUAAGUUGCUCCUUAUGGAAGGGUGUAUGUUUUCAUUUUUACAGUAACUGAUCCUUAUUCAGUCAUAGAAUCUUAAUGCUUUGGGUUGGAAGGAAACAUAAAGAUGACCCAGUUCCAACCCCUCUAUCCUCCCGCUGGCUCAGGCUGCCCAAGGCCCAUCCAACCUGGCUUUGAACACCUCCAGGGAUGGGGCAGCCACAGCUUCCCUGGGCAACCUGGGCCAGGGCCUCAGCACCCUCAGCAUGAAGAACUUCCUAAUGUCUAAUUUAAGUCUUCCCCUUUCCAAUUUAAAGCCAUUCCCCCUCAUCCGAUCACAGGCCCUUGUAAAAAGCCCCUCCCCUGCUUUCCUGGAGCCCCUUUCCGUACUGGAAGCUGCUCUGACGUCUCCUCAGAGCCUUCUCUUCUCCAGGCUGAACAGCCCCAACUCUCUCAGCCUGUCCUCGUGUGUGAGGUGCUCCUGCCCUCCGAUCAUCUUUGUGGCCUCCUCUGGACCCACAAACAAGUUUAAUGUUGUUGUUCCUUGCCGCUGCCCGAUAAGCAGCGAUUAAAUUAUACUCUGGCAUUUUCAGGAUAACCGAGUAACUGAGCCAUAGCGAAUAUGUUCAUGCACACAACUUCUGAAGCAUUUUUGUUGUAAACCUUCAUCUUACUGGCUACUGACGUUUUAAUUUUUGAUAAAAGAAGGUGGAGUGUUAAACUUGAGAUUUGAAAUGUAUAUAAGAAUCCUAAAAGUGCCUCUUUCUAGUGCAUUUUCUCUCAUUAGCAGUGUGGCUGACGUCAGAUCCAAAGUUGGGUUCCCUUUUGUUUAUAUGGAAAUGCUACUUUAACAUUCAUGGAAAAAAAAAAAUCAAACCAAAAGUUUCAUAAAAGAGAAUGAACGGUAGGCUUUUUCUUUCCUGAUUGUUAAACCGGUUUUAACAGAAAUGAAAACUUGUUGACUGCCUCGCAAGACAGCCAGUGCAGUUGGAAGAUCAAGUUAGCAUUUCAGAGAAAAUUUGUGUUUUUACCUGAAAGGUUACAUAUUCCUUUACAGAACGGAUAUGUGGCAAUCAUAUUUUUGCUAGAAGCUUCUGCUGGUGAAAAGGAAUGCAUGCAAUUUUCUUCUAAGCUUGUACCUUGUUUCUAUUACUGCCACAUUAUUCCUUUCUUAGCUCACUCUUUCUCCUCUCUCUCCCAAUCCACGUAGAGUUUUCUGGUUCACAGUUCCUGCAGAGCUGUUUUUUUGGAGAUUCCUGUUGAGAUGUGCCUGGAGGGAAACUCUAGCAAAAUGGUUUGGUUUUGUGUUUUUUUUCCCCCCGGUGUUAAUAGGAUGUUAAAAGACACAAUUCUUAAGUUUAUCUAAAAAAAAUUCAGUGUUUAGUGCUACAGAACAGGAUCUUCAACUGGGAAAUGUAUUUGUAAAAUUAGCAUUAUAUAUAUAAAAAAAGUACUAAUAGAGGAGAAAGGGUUAGCGUUUCUGUCGCCUCGUUUAGACUGUGAGUAAACUCUGUAUUUGCCCUUGGCAAGUACAUAUGCUGAGGUUAAUUAUAGGAAAGAAUUAGUAUUCUUGGGUAAAGUAUGCUGCAUUUUAUAGUUCAUGGAAUCCCCUCUAAGGCAUGAGCUAGUAUUUAGUUUGGUUGUUGGUGCUGACUUAAAAGAAUGGAAAAAGUUCUACUAGCAGCCCUCAAUAUUUUCUUCUCAAAGAUGGGCUGAGAGCUUUUAAUUUCCCUCCUGAAGAAACUUAUUUAUACUGUGACCAGUAAGGGUUUUGCCUUGCACAUUAUACUGUCAAGUGCCUGUUCCUCACCUCGAUGAUGUGUUUGAUGCACAGCUUAACUGCAACAUUUUUCAGUUUGUUUUAAAACGUACAAUAAGAAAAAAUACGCUCACAAAGCUGAAGCCGAAUAUAAAAACAAACUUGCAUCCCAGUGGGAAGCUGAGAUACGUAAGCUUUGGGUUUAACUCCUAGUGAUUCCGGUUUUGGUGUGCUUUUUAAGUGAUAUUUCCUCAGAAAUGACCAUUCUAAGGAUGAACAUUAUUAAAUUUAAUAUAAUUUAUUGUUAUGCUUUAAUAAUGUAUUUGUCUUUUGAGAACUCACUGGUGUGAGCUUUUCUUCUCUUAAGUUUUUAAACGUGUUUGAGUUUUCAGAAUGGGGUCCUAAUUUCUUUUACCUUCUUUAGAAGCUUAACUACAUUUUACAUUUUACUCGAGCGAUACACGGCUCCAUUUGUGGAAUAAGUGUAGAAUACGUCCCUUAAUAUUCGUUUUGAAGUUGCAUUUCAACCCAUGUGAAAUUGUUUAGAAGAAGGUAGCAUUAAGAUUGUACGAUAAGAUUGCACAAAAUAAAAUAUAUAGUUUA